AAACCAUGAAAUCAUCACAUAUAACUCUAAUCUGCAUAGUCAUGCUUUCUCUCUUCUCUCUACAUGAGUGUGUGAGCAAGGAGGUUAGAGAGAUUGAAGGACUGAGCUCUCAAAAGGCUAAUGAAGCGUGUGUCCCUGGCCCAUGCCAUGCUUUGGUACCUCAUUGUUGGUGCUGCGAACAUUUACGGGGUAUAAGGCCGCAAUUCUGUUGGUCAGGCAACACUGGUCGCGACUAUUGCAACCAGCAAUCAUCAACCCGCCGUGGAAACACGGAGGCUUCUUCAGAAAUUUCCCGGUGGAUGAUAGGUUUUGCUCGGUUUGUUCACUAUCCAUCUACUCUUUCUCAGUGUCCAGGUCUGAGACCUCUCGGAAAGAGAGAGCAGUAUCAUUCGCCCCACGGAACCUGGUUGUCGGCGUCUUCUUCGACGCUGUCUCUCCAGAUGUUCGACGAAGUCAACAGAUCCGAUGUGAUUCUCUCCGUCAAACUCGGCGAGAAAGUCCUUGAAGAACACUACAUUUCAAAGCUGAAUUUCACAUGGCCUCAGAUGUCAUGCGUUUCUGGGUUUCCGUCUCGUGGUAGUCGUGCGAUUUUCAUCCAGAAAUUUGCUUUAAGGUUUUCCACAUGUGAUGCAGCGUUGGACUUUGUGGAAGCUCUUAAGGAGAAGUUUAAGGGUUUAGAGGAAGCUCGGAACCAGAGAAAUGAAACUAGGUGUGAGGUUUCUUUCCGGUCAGAUUACAACCCUUCAAAUGCGAUCAUCCCCAGAGCCACUCAGAAAGAGCCAAAUAUGGUUAAACCUAUUAAUACUUAUGUUCCUGAAAUGCAACCAAGAAUUGAGUAUGAAGCUCAGAACCAGAAAAGUGAAACUAGGUCCGGGGUUUCUUUCCAGUCAGAUAACAACCCUUCAAAUGAGUUUUUCCCCAGAGCCAUUGAAGAAGAGCCAAAUAUGGUUAGAUUUUUUGAUAGUUAUGUUCCUGAAGUGGUACCAAGACCUGAGUAUGAAACUGGACGAGCCUUAUACCCAUCACAAUCCACGCUAAAUCAAAUCCCGAAUCUCCCUCCGAGUUUCACCACCUUACUCUCUGGUUGCUUCCCCGACUCCACUCUAGAUGCAGGCCAAACAACUGUGAAGCAGGAUCCUGAUCUAAAGUCACAGAUACUGAAGUACAUGGAAGAUUCUUCAUUUCAAGGUGAGCAUUCUCUCAACUACUCACACACAGACAAUAUUAACCGUCUUUCUAACAAUUGGUUUUCUGCUCAUUAUCCAGAUAUGCUGCAGAAAGUAGAGAGAAUUAUCGACGAAAUUGGAGGUAACUGGAUUAUCUGAGAUUCAUCAUAAAUAUAUAUGUUUUACUAGA